AUGGCAUACUUAACAUAUCUUAUUCGAUUAAUUUUGUUGUUCAUACUUGUUCAACGUACUAGUAACUUACCGUUCUAUCCGCAGCCAGAAAACAGCGUACCGGAUGAGUCAGCGCUCCAAAAUCUUUUGGAAAACCUGAAAAAUUUCAAUGUUUCUAAUCUUUUUGCUUCGUUUCGUCUUCCUGGCUGUGUGCAGGACUGUGUCAAUGAACUGGGUAGCACGCUGGCUUCAAUGAAUAUUGAAGAACGAUGGUCAUUAGAAAAGACAAAGGCGCUUUGCAAACAAUUUGAAGCGAUGAAGAAAUGUUUGGCGACGAAACCGAACUGCAGGAGUAUGAUGAUUGAUAUUGGGAUGCAUGCUUAUGAGUACCUCUGCAAAGAUGACGAAGCUAAUGCAGGUCUAAUUCCGUGCAUUCGUCGAGAAACUUUAAAGAUUCAUGCGACUUGUGAAAGGGUUUGCAAAUUGGGUGCUACUUUGUUGGAUGCAGCGAGUAUGAAUUCAAGAAGUCAUGAUGUCUUAAACUUCCUUGAUGAAAAGGGAAACAAAAUUCUAUCAGUUCCCGAUCUCCAUCAAUUAUGCAAUUCAUCUACAUGCUUCUUGAGCUGUAUGAGAGCGGGCAUUGAGGAGAAGUGUCCAAACGGCGGAAGCGCUUUUGUGGAUAUAAUUCUAACAACACCUGGAGCUCCAUUCACGUUUGUUACGUCUCCUUAUAUACCAGUAAUGGUCGUAACUACGGUUACUCAAACGACUCCCAAGGUCAGCACUGGCGUUGUUCUCGAAAUGGAAGAAAGGAAUUCAGAAGACGAAGAUGCAGAAUACGAACGAACUAGACGAACGGAAGGAAAGGAAAAAGGAACUGGAUCGUCUUCACAACUCGUACCCUCUGCCGCUGUCGCCGCGCUCGCAGUUUUUUUGGCCCAGUACUUGUCCUAA